CCCCUUCAUUCAUUGCGGCUUGAGUUAGGUCCGGGGCAGGAAAGCGUUCGCCUCGGUGCAACAGAGCAAUUGACAGCGUCUCGGGCGAAUAUCAAACGCUACUUCACGACAGCAACAACAGGAACAUUUUAUCCGUAAUCGGGUGAUUGUUUUUAUCCUUGUGGUUUUUCGCGUUUGUUUUAGGCCUCUACGGUCAUGUCUGCAAAAGCUGUUCGUGAGGCGACUGGGAAAUUUCUAGUGCACAAACAUCUGAGUGCUGCAGUGUCCGUUCAAAACAAAUCGCGUCAUGCCACCCUCACCUCCGAAACCGACUGGGAUCGGCUUGUCCAGGAACAUCCCUGGCUACUUGAUCAUAGGCUGGUGGUGAAGCCUGACCAGCUAAUUAAGCGCCGUGGAAAGCUUGGACUGAUUGGCGUCAACUUAGAUUUCCAAGGUGUACAGGAGUGGAUUAGAACGCGAAUAGGUCAGGAGAUCCAGGUUGAAGCAGCUUCAGGCAUAUUGAAGAACUUUAUAAUUGAACCUUUUGUACCCCACCAACAGGAGGAGGAGUUUUAUGUGUGCAUUUACGCAACCCGCGAGGGUGAUGUGGUGCUCUUCCACCACGAGGGAGGGGUCGACGUGGGGGAUGUGGACUCCAAGGCUCUGCGCUUCCUAGUGGGUAUUGACAAGGGCCUGACGCAAGAACAGGUGAAGACGCAGCUUCUGGUGAACGUGCCUGGUCCCCGCCAAGAGGUUCUAGCAAGUUUUGUCACUGAGCUCUUCAAGUUGUUUGAAGACCUAUACUUCACUUACCUGGAGAUAAAUCCACUUGUUGUAACAGAUGAUGGGGUGUAUGUGCUGGAUAUGGCUGCCAAGUUGGAUGCCACAGCAGACUAUCUCUGCAAGGCCAAAUGGGGCGAUAUUGAAUUUCCACCCCCAUUCGGCCGUGAAGCCUACCCAGAGGAAGCGUACAUCGCUGAUCUCGAUGCGAAGAGUGGUGCCAGCCUGAAGUUGACCAUCCUAAAUCCCAGGGGUCGGAUCUGGACCAUGGUAGCUGGUGGAGGGGCAUCUGUCGUCUACAGUGACACCAUCUGUGAUCUGGGUGCAAUGGAGGAGCUUGCUAAUUAUGGAGAGUACUCUGGUGCACCCAGUGAGCAGCAGACAUAUGACUAUGCCAAAACCAUCCUGUCACUCAUGACUCGUGAAAAGCACGCUGAUGGGAAAGUGCUCAUCAUUGGAGGAGGCAUUGCUAACUUCACAAACGUCGCUGCAACCUUCAAAGGCAUUGUGCGAGCAAUCAAAGAUUUCCGGGCUCGUCUAAAGGAAAAUGGCGUGAGCAUUUUUGUGCGACGUGGAGGCCCCAACUACCAAGAGGGCCUUCGUGUCAUGCGCGAAGUUGGUCAGACAACAGGCAUUCCAAUCCAUGUGUUCGGCACGGAGACGCACAUGACGGCCAUAGUGGGAAUGGCGCUGGGGCUGCGGCCCAUCCCGGACACCACGCCAGCGGAGGCUCACACUGCCAACUUUCUCCUGAAUGCUAGCACGCAAUCCGCAAAUACACCUGCUGCGAGUCGAAAGGGCUCUGUUUCAGAGGGUAACAGGAGCCAGGGCCGCAGGCACAGGUGCAUGUCUGGGGAGCACCCUGGUGCAGCCACCCCUCGUAAACUGACAAAACUGUUUGGGAAUCAUACCAAGUCCAUAAUCUGGGGGAUGCAGACACGUGCUGUGCAGGGCAUGCUGGACUUUGACUAUGUGUGCUCCCGUGAGGAGCCCUCUGUUGCUGCCAUGGUCUACCCUUUCACUGGUGACCAUAAGCAGAAAUUCUACUGGGGCCAUAAGGAGAUCCUGAUUCCAGUCUACAAGAGCAUGGCUGAGGCUAUGAAGAAGCAUUCCGAUGUGGACGUUCUCAUCAGCUUUGCUUCUCUGCGUUCUGCCUAUGACAGCACGGUGGAAACGUUGGGCUUUCCACAGAUUCACACAAUUGCAAUUAUUGCCGAAGGUAUUCCAGAGGCGCUCACUCGGAAGCUGAUAAAAAUGGCGGAUGAGAAGGGCGUCACCAUCAUCGGACCCGCCACGGUUGGUGGGAUCAAGCCAGGCUGCUUUAAGAUCGGGAACACGGGUGGCAUGCUGGACAACAUCCUAGCCUCCAAGCUGUACCGCCCGGGCAGUGUGGCAUACGUGUCUCGCUCCGGCGGAAUGUCAAACGAGCUCAACAACAUUAUCUCGCGCACAACAGACGGCGUGUAUGAGGGUGUGGCGAUCGGUGGGGACAGAUACCCUGGCUCCACUUUCAUUGAGCAUGUGCUCCGAUAUCAAGACACUCCUGAAGUAAAGAUGAUCGUCUUGCUGGGAGAGGUGGGGGGCACAGAGGAGUACAAGAUUUGCCAGGACAUCAAGGAAGGCCGUGUGACUAAACCUGUGGUGGCGUGGUGCAUUGGAACCUGUGCCACGAUGUUUACAUCUGAAGUCCAGUUUGGCCAUGCAGGCGCCUGUGCCAAUCAAGACUCUGAGACUGCUGUCGCCAAGAACGCAGCUUUGACUGAAGCGGGGGCUUAUGUCCCAAACAACUUUGAUGAACUAGGAGAUAAAAUAAAGGCUGUGUAUGACGACCUUGUGCAGCAAGGAGUGAUCGUCCCAGCACCAGAAGUGCCUCCUCCAACUGUACCCAUGGAUUACUCCUGGGCCAGGGAACUGGGCCUCAUCCGCAAGCCAGCAUCCUUCAUGACAAGCAUCUGCGAUGAGCGUGGCCAGGAGUUGGUCUACGCGGGCAUGCCCAUCACGGAGGUAUUCAAGGAGGAUAUUGGCCUGGGUGGGGUACUCGGCCUCCUUUGGUUCCAGCGCAGCUUGCCCAAAUACGCCAGCAAGUUCAUUGAGAUGUGUCUCAUGGUGACGGCUGACCACGGCCCUGCCGUGUCAGGCGCUCACAACACAAUCGUGUGUGCUCGCGCAGGCAAGGACCUGGUGUCCAGCCUCACCUCCGGGCUGCUCACCAUUGGUGAUCGUUUUGGAGGAGCUCUGGAUGCAGCAGCUAAACAGUUCAGCCAUGCAUUUGACAGCGGUCAGAUCCCCAUGGACUUUGUUAAUAAGAUGAAAAAGGAAGGAAAGCUGAUCAUGGGCAUUGGCCACCGUGUCAAGUCUAUUAACAAUCCAGACGUGCGGGUACAGAUCUUGAAGGAGUAUGCGCAACAAAAAUUCCCGGCAACACCACUGCUAGACUAUGCCCUGGAGGUGGAGAAGAUCACCACAUCCAAGAAACCCAACUUGAUCCUGAAUGUGGAUGGCCUGAUUGGUGUGGUGUUUGUUGAUUUGCUGAGGAGCUGUGGAAGCUUCACAAGGGAGGAGGCGGAUGAGUAUGUGGAGAUCGGAGCACUCAAUGGAAUCUUCGUCUUGGGUAGAAGCAUGGGCUUUAUUGGGCAUUUUCUGGACCAGAAGCGCCUGAAGCAGGGUCUCUAUCGCCACCCAUGGGAUGACAUCUCCUACGUCCUGCCUGAGCACAUGACCAUGUGAAUCCAACUUAUUGCCAUGCUGCAAUCAGGGUCUUAAACUCAAAAGUUAUUAUUUUAUUCCGUACUUUUGGAAAGUAUUUAUAGUUUAUGGAUGUGAAGUAAUUUUAUUAAGUUUUUCACUCAUUUACUGGUCUAAUGUCUUGGCGUGCAUUGAGUGUUCAUUAUUUGCAAUUGUGCAUGUGGUAUACAGCUGGCGAACGUGAUAAGGAAUAUACAAACAUGCUUUUAAGUAUAAAAGUAUCCUCAAUAUUUACUCAUUGUUUUACUGAAAAUGCUCCAUAUUAGACUACCUACAGUAUAUAAAGCUGGGUUUCUUCUGUUUCCAUCACUUGUGCUUUACUUUUUUGCACUUUCUAUUAGUUAAUAGUAUAAUUGUUAAAACACCCUAAGACUCAUGUGUCGUGGUGGUCAAAACUGAUGUCUUUAGAUUAGCAAAUGUGGAUAGUAAACCAUGCAUUAGCUAAAUUGCAGGGGUUAGAAAACAUUCCUUUCAAUAUAGCAAUGUUAAAUGAUAAUAAACCAAUGUUUUUUCUUAUAGUGCUGUAGAUAAUGAUAUACAGCACAAAUUAACCUUAUGGCGGGACCCCGGGGUCCCAUAAGCCCCCGGCUCUCGCAUAAACUGCGUUGCGACGUCAUUUUAUGUCUGUUGAAGGCAAACGAUACGGCAAUCUAUCCCUCUCGACCAGCUCUCCAUGAUGCGCUAAUCAAAGUUUCAAAGUUUUGUUCAUGACUACGGCAAUUUUGGCAACGACGGGUGCUUUGUGAAGAACGAGAGGAUUUAUUUCUGGUGGGUCGCGGCGUUUAUGUGCACGGUGGGACACAGUCGCCAAAAAUUAAUUAUGAUUUUGACUUCUGUUUAUUCGGGACCCUGGGGUCCCACCAUAAGGUUCAAAUGUCACACAACCCAUUCUCCAAAGUACUAUGUUCCAUAGUGAUCAGUUGACUACCUGAUUUACAUAUGUAAUGUUUGCUACAUCACCAAUUUAAAAUACAUUCAGCUUGUAGGUGCAACAUUGCUACAUUUGAAAUUUACUGGCAAGAUACUUAGAAGGUAUUAAAUUAUUAUCUAUUAGGAUAUUUUUGGACAUUUCAAGGAAACUGUUAUAUUAACUUUGUGGGGGUAUGAUAUUUUUUUAAGUUGAGGUUCAGCUUAGGUGAAAAGCUGUGAAUGCUCAAAUACUUUACUGGGCAACAUGAUGUCCAAGACAUUCUAGACAAUGGACUACAUACAGAACUUUAAAAAAGUAAUUAUACUCAAAUGUGGAAAGUUGUAUUGGCCUCUGAAUAGUUCCAAAGAUAAUGAAAAUGAUUUAAGGUAAUUGGUGAAAUUUUUGUGACGUUUUGCUGUCUUAUUGACAAUCUUAAUUAUUUUCGUUUUUUAAGUAUUUCUAUCUUAUGAAAAAGUUACCAUGCAUUUGUUUUUUUAUUCAUUACAAGGGCAGUAAACAUUGGAAUUGUAUGUUUGCUACAUUCAAAUACGUUCUUAUUUUGCUGUUUUGGUGUGUUUAAAAAUUUUAAAGAAUAAAUUCAGUUGCACCUGUCAAAUACA